AUGCUCAUCAUCGGGCUUGCCCACAUUCUGGUUGUGUUUCGCGUGGUGGCUGCUCCCUUGUUGUCUGAGGGCAACUGGGAGUUUAUCAGAGACCAUGCCAACACCAUUGCCAUGAUGCUGGGAGCUGUGCUGCACUAUGUCACCAUUCAGAUCAUGACUCGGGUAAACCGAUGGAUUUCUCUCAAGCUUUGUGACAUAGAGAAGAUAAACUCGUUUGCUGCGACAGAGAGGAGCUUCACAGUUAAGAUGUUUACCUUCCAGUUCUUCACCCUCUUCUCUUCACUCUUCUAUGUGGCCUUCUUCCUGGGCAGAAUAAAUGGCCAUCCAGGAAAUUAUGUGCGUAUUGCUCGCUGGAGACUGGAGGAGUGCCAUCCUAGUGGUUGUUUGACAGACCUUUUCAUCCAGAUGGCUGUGAUCAUGCUGCUCAAACAGAUUCUAAACAACAUCUUUGAGUUCACAGUGCCCUGGCUGAAGAGCUGUUUGAGCAGAAACACUGUAAAGAAGCUGGAGAGGAAAUGUGGUCAGUGUUACAGAAAAGCUUGCCAUGAUGUACAGGGAUGUGUUGAACCUUGUGACAUCUGCAAACUUCGGGACUGGCUGCAUAACUAUCAUCUGGCCAACACAGACGCCUUCAGCUUGUUCAAUGAGUUCCUGGAAAUGGUUAUCCAAUUCAGUUUCACCACCAUAUUUGUGGCUGCAUUCCCCCUGGCCCCGCUCCUGGCUCUAAUCAACAACAUCUUCGAGAUCCGACUAGACGCCAUCAAGAUGGUACGCCUUGAACGUCGGCUGGUUCCCAGGAAGACCAAUGACAUUGGUGUUUGGACGAAGGUGUUGGAGGUCAUCGGUGUGUUGGCGGUGAUUGCUAAUGGCCUUGUCAUUGGAGUGACAUCUGACUUUAUUCCACGCCUUGUCUAUCGUUACCGUUAUAGCCCAUGUGCUAAUGGAAGCUCUCACACACACUGCAUGCAGGGCUACAUUAAUGACACUCUGUCCACGGCUUUUCUCAGUCACUUUGCAGUUCGAAAGGAUUUUCUUGAUACUCAGAUGAGGACAGAGAUUGGAUUUAAUGUUACACAGUGCAGCUAUAGAGACUACAGAAGUGAUGAGGACUACACACUGACUUCUCAGUUCUGGUUAGUGUUGGCAGUGCGUUUUGCCUUUGUCAUCCUGUUCGAGCAUGUUGUGGUGGUUUGUAAGUUUGUUGCAGCAUGGUUUGUCCCCAACAGUCCAAUGCAGGUAAAAAAUGAUCGUCUACAUGACAAACUGGCUCGGCUAAAGGAGGAAAUCCGAGAAUUGAAAUGUAGGAGAUCCACUGAUGUCUGAACCUUCCAAAGAUGAAACCAUCUUCUCUGGUCGAAGUGUGAAAUAAAAAGAUGAAUCUUUAUUAUUAUUAUUUUUGAAAAACAUUAAAUUCACACUUGUCAUUAUACAGUCUCAAUAUCACUGCAAACACUUUCACAUAGCAAAGAGUCUAUUUGAAACAACAUUUUUCCUAAAUUUGUAAUACAGUCUGGCUCCUCGAAAGUCUUUCUUUUUUAACAUUUCAUUCAGGAACACUUUGUCAUCAUUUACCCAUUUAUUGCACAAUGGAAAUGCAGUUAUGCUUGGCGCUGAAGGCUCCAUUCUUUGGAUGUUCCCUAGAUUAGCCAAGCGGCAUGCUAAGAUGAAACAGGGUACAUGUGCAUAACCCCCAAAACAAUGGAAACCUAACUCAAAGCUAGAAUAAUGAUAUAUACAAUAUAUGAAGCAGACCUCUAAAUUAUUAACUAAAGAAUGCAAGUGUGUUCUGCAAGGGGUCAUAUUAUGGUUCUGUGAAAUAUCUAUGUGUAGCAGCAAGCAUGCUGUGAACCUCUAAAUCAUCUAAGUCCGGGCGAAUUCAACGCUGGACGGCUGCUGAAGACCAACAACCCAUGGCUUUCAGGGGGGAUUCAAAGACCAGGGCAGCAGUGGUGGUAGCAGCACCGAUGUGAAAGGAGUGUGAAUAGGCGAAGGCAAGAUGUGAACCAAGAUUUUGAUAUGGCCUUCCCAGUGGGUAACAAGGGUUCAUCUUUCUUCGCUCAAAGAAUGCAGAAGAUGUCGGGUUAUAGAAGAUAGGUGACAGAAAGCAGUGAUAGUUUGUGAUAUGACAAAGUUGAACCUUUUCCCUCUUUAUCAGAUUUUUAGUGCUUAAGGUGAAUUGAGAACAUUCAAGUGUCGAAGGUGGUAGUGUAUUUUCACCACCCCAGAGGAACCCAUGAAAGCAGCAAUGAAUAUGGCUUCUAAUAAAGCAUCUACAUGCGACCAAAACCCUGAGCCUUAAGUGGAUCACCAACUUAUGCCCUAAAGACAAAGAGAGUGAAAGGAUCUGAAGGAUAUUUGCAUCUUAAAUUUACUAAAUACCUGCUACAGAAGCUUUGGUGGAUUUGCAUUUUUCGACAUUUAAAACAGAGAACAAUAAAAGCAUGGUUGCUCCAGUAUGGCAGAAAACCAAUGUGUUUCCUUCACCAAGAUUUGCCCUAGAGAAUGCAUGCAAUGCCGAUAGGAUAUAAUUCUAACAAAGCAGUGGACUAACAUAAAAGGAAAGAGCAAGCAGUUCUUUGGGCCAAACGUUGGCAAACCACUCAUUAUUGUAGAUUUCCCAAAACCACUAGAGGGUGCAGCAUCAGUAGAGAAUCUGAGGGCAAGUAAUGUCUCUACUUUGUUGAUGUAAAGAGAAAUUGAUAAAUAUAUUUUCUGCUUUUCACACAGUAGUGACAAUUUUUUAAAAUCAGAUUCACAUUCUUUGUCUAGAUUGACAAGAUCAUACAAUUGUAUCGGUCAGAGGUCCAAUACUCUAGAGAUAAAUGAUCUGCCUUGGGGAAUGAUAUGUGUUAUUGAAUUAAACAUUGGAGAAUGCAUUAAACCCAGCAAAUUUUAACA